UUGCAUUCUUCGUAACAUUCAACAAAAUUGAUUUCACGCCUAAUUCACGUUGUGCUUCGUGCAACUGUUGAUCAGUGUUUAGCCUUAUUUCUUCUCAUUCACCGCAGCAGUCUAUCCGUACUUGGAGUAGUAAUACGGUCGUGUUGCAGUGUCUGAAUCAAUUGCAGUCAUUUGUUAAAUAGUCCCAAAAUGUUAAGCAUAAAAAGCGACUUUAUUCAGCAUUAGGAUGGGGUAGGGCAAUGCAAAUGGUCGAACAUUCGUGCACAAUGAACAUCGUCCCAUGUGCGGCCUACACGGUACUGCACGGUUGAACGGUAGUGGCCAUUAUUGUUUGCUGUUCUUAUCAAAAUAACACCAAACGCACGGUUCAAGGAAACAUCAAACGCGGUAAACUCCGUUCGAACCCUCCAGUACGAUGGAUGCAGCAAACAAGCAAUACGCACUGCGAGACAGGGCAGAACUCUCGGCGUUUGUUAAUCAACCGUUUAAAAACAACAGUCGUAUUAAGUUCACCUGUUUUGAUUGUUCACCGAAGUUUUUCGUUUUUGGGGCCAAUUCCGGAAGUCUUUAUCUGUACGAUCGCCUGUCGACUAGAUUUCUAGCAAUCUUUCCUAGUCAAUUGGGCACUAUCGGGAAGGUGUCUAUAUCGCACAAUGAAAAGCAGAUCGCCGUUGGCAACCAAACGGGAUCAAUUGGUGUACUGUUGGAGCUGGAACCACCGCACGUUAAGGAGAUCCUUAGUACCGAACUGGCAUCAACCACCGACGGUGAUGGGCAGCCGCUCGAAAUGACGGAACCCACUUUCGUUACUAGCUUUUGCUGGACGGAAGAUGAUAAGGAGUUGUACUGCGGCGACUCACGGGGUGUUGUAUCGCUGAUACAAUUUUCCUUGUUCAUGGGUCGAAACAUCCUUAACAUAAGUCUGCAUCCAGUGCUGUUGCUCGACAAUCGUAUAGUACAAAUCGAUCGCUACAAAGAUCUGUUAUUGGUAUCCACACUUUCGAAGUGUGUACUUUGUAAUACCGCGAGGGAAGAAUUUAAACAGAUCGGUAACCGACCAAGAGAUGGGCAGUACGGAGCAUCCUUUGUUAUUGCACAAUCGAAUAUUAAUGCCGGCUCUACUACUCCUUCUCCUCCGCUCAUGAUCGUCGAUGAGGAGGAUGUUCGAAUAUUUUGCUCACGACCUGGUAGUCGCCUGUGGGAAGCGGAUCUCGAGGGAAACGUGAUUCGCACGCAUCAGUUUAAACAAGCAGCUGCUAGUCGUCGCCGUAGGGAGUUGCAAUGUUUGCAAGAAUCCAAGCUAGAAUUGGUUGGAUCAACGGAAAAUUCGGCCGAUGGUACGAUGAUGGUUGUGCCGUUCCAGGUGCUUUAUUCAAUUCGUCGGCAGCUUCUGUUGGUGCACGAUCGUUGUCAGCUGCUGAUAAUUGAUCCACUCCAGUCGAGGAUUGUUUUGCGUACCGAUGAGUUCACGGACAUUACUCACGUGGCGGUAGUAGAUGAGUGGAUCUAUCUGCUUACCGGAGAGAACCGAGUAUUUCAAAUGCGUGUCGAAAUCGAAGGUGACGAGGACCCACAUUCAUCAUCUGGUGCGGAUGAUCGCAGCUCGUAUAAUAUUUCGCCGCUGCAGCCAAUGCUAGAGUCGCGAAAGCAAAAGCAAGGUGUGUACAUUCUCGACAGCAUGCUCAAUAACAAUGGGAAGCAACUGAAUGGGAAGGAAAGUCCUUUACUGCUAUCCACGGAAGCAACCAUUAAGGAAGCGCUUGUAUCCGUCGUUCGGGGCAAAUAUGGGCGUAACAUUAAGCAAAUGUUUAUGGGAUACGAUCAACAUCAGCAUCAUAAUACACAACACGGCACCGCAGAGCGACCGAAAACACUCAACCUAACGAAGAUCUACGAACCAAGCCGUUCAAACGUGUUCACGAACGGAAAUGGGCAUGCACUGCUCGCCGAGUUUGGCAUUGAGGCAGAAGCGGAAGAAGAUUUAGAAUGCGAUGAUAUGAUCGAAGAGCUGGUGCGCACCCGCACCGGUCAAACACUCGGUGCAAUGCCCAACGGUGGUGGGUUGAAACUGCAAGGGAAAAAGAAAUUUUCCACCUCACUGCUCGACGGGUACGAAACGUCGGAAGACGAUGCGACGGUGCGUAACCUAUACCUAAUCUUCCGAUCGUCGAUCAUUAGCAAUCUGAACUUUGCUGAUCGAUACGCGAAAAUAUUUGACGAUUACGACACGGAAUCGAUAGUACGUUUGUUGCGCAAGUUGGAAAAUCUGAUGGAGGAAAAUGAGGAAAUGAACGCAGGCGUUAAGUGUGUGCGUAUAUACUUUAACUAUUUAAAACCGGAGUUGCUGUGGGAAAUUGAUACCGACUCACGGCAGUUUAUUAAGAACGGUUUUAUCCUGUGCAACACGACGGAACCUAGCGAUCGGGCUUGUUUGAGCGGAUUGAUGCAUUGUUCGGACUGUGGGUAUUACCUGGAGGCGACGCCAACGUGCCAUUACCAGGAGAUCGGAACCAGUCUGAUGCAGUAUUAUUGGUCACGCAAGGAGUACGACGAGUGUUUCGCGAUGGUAAAGCAAGUUCCUUACUUGUGGCGUACGAUCACUCGUUACUAUAUUCAAGAUCGGCGCGAGGAUAAGGUGGUAGCAUGCGUUUGGAACUUGGCCGAUCGGGAGCUAUUUGAACGAGCAGCCGGUGAGCUUCCGUUCCAAGCGGACCACUGGAGGAAGCUGUUUGAGUUAGUUGUAGCUUAUCAUCAACGACACGAGAUGAUCUGCUUGAGCUGUGAUAAACCGUGCGCUCGACCAUCUGAGAAUAAUAUGCUACAACGUGACAAUGCAGUCACCACACUGCUCGACGGCGACAGGUUGACUUCAGCGGAAGAAAUCGAAUCUCUGUUCCGGAAGUGGAACUAUCUGCUAGGUGUAGCACUAUCCCACUUCAGGUCACCACUCGAACUGUUAAAUCUGGUGCACCUUUAUGCGGAUAACAUUCCUCGAGGAGCGAUUGCUCCCAGCUUCUACAUUCGAUGUUUGCUACUUGAAGCAAAUUAAGAUAGCGAUGAUUAGCGGCUAACCCCCAAUAGAAGGAAACAAACUUGCCUUUUGUUUAUUCGACAUAAUCGCCGAUGGGCUCACGCUUUGGACCGGUAGCGAAAAAUGUGCCCUUGUGUACACGUAACGCUGGCGUUAUUCGUACUUAUAUGUAUAUGCUUGCCAUUGCUACCCGCCGAAUAGUUGCUUUGCUACUGCUGUUUUGUCUAGUUUAUUCGACUUAGUGAAAGGUGAAAAAAGGAACCUUAAUGGAAUAUGUGUAAGCUUCAACACGCAGCAGCACCACCACCACCUAGCCAAUAUGUAGCAAAGAAAUGCAACUAACAGCAACUAUAAUAAUGCCAAAUAUUUUAUUGGACAAAAAAACAUAAAGCGUUGAAUAAAUUCCGGGGUAAUAAAACGUAUUUUUUAUGGAAACA